AUGGGGGUUCUAAAUUUUGUGUUGCGUAAUCAUGAAAAAUAUAGUCAGCAUCUUAUUGAUACUUCUGAAGCUGAUAUCUUCUUGAAAAAGUUGGAAGAAGAAAACCUGACUGACUUGGGAUACACUGAAUGUCCUUUUACUUGGACAAAUAGAAGAUUGAAAAAUCAGUUGACUGAACAGAGGUUAGACAUAGGGCUAGCUACUGAUGCUUGGUUAGAUAUUUUUCCCAACUCUACCAUCUCAAACCUACCAUCUUUACGAUAUGACCACAACCCAAUCAUUCUCAACACCAAUCCCAACUGGAAACAAGGCCACAUUCCUUUCAAAUUCUUUGGUCCUUGGCUCAACCAUCAAGAUUGCAAAGACAUCAUUGUUGAAUGUUGGAAGAAAAAUCACAAAGGCUCUUUUGCUAUUAGAAUAGCCAGAAAACUCAGAGAUGUUAAAGUCAUGGUGAUAUUAUGGAAAAAAGAAAUCUAUGGUAAUAUCAAAACUAACCUUGAAGACAGUCUCCAGCACCUUGAUUGGGUGACCAAAAAUCAGUUCAGCAUCAACAGAGAAAGGGAUAUUAAUGGAGCUAAGAAGAAGGUGGAACAUUGGCAAAAUGUUCAAGAGUGUUUUUGGAAAACAAAAAGCAGAGACCAACUCAUAAAGCUGGGAGAUAGAAACACCAAGUUCUUCCAUGACUCUACCAAGAAAAGAUAUAAAUGGAACAAAAUUGACUAUAUUCAAAAGGAAGAUGGAACAUGGAUUCAUAAUAGCAAGGACGUUACCAACUGA